AUGGUACAAGAAACGACUCGCCCAACCAUCACUCCUGAUGAAGAAGAAGAAGAAGAAGAAGAAGAAGAAGAAGAAGAAGAAGAAGAAGAAGAAGAAGAAGAAGAAGAAGAAGAAGAAGAAGAAGAAGAAGAAGAAGAAGAAGAAGAAGAAGAAGAAGAAGAAGAAGAAGAAGAAGAAGAAGAAGAAGAAGAAGAAGAAGAAGAAGAAGAAGAAGAAGAAGAAGAAGAAGAAGAAGAAGAAGAAGAAGAAGAAGAAGAAGAAGAAGAAGAAGAAGAAGAAGAAGAAGAAGAAGAAGAAGAAGAAGAAGAAGAAGAAGAAGAAGAAGAAGAAGAAGAAGAAGAAGAAGAAGAAGAAGAAGAAGAAGAAGAAGAAGAAGAAGAAGAAGAAGAAGAAGAAGAAGAAGAAGAAGAAGAAGAAGAAGAAGAAGAAGAAGAAGAAGAAGAAGAAGAAGAAGAAGAAGAAGAAGAAGAAGAAGAAGAAGAAGAAGAAGAAGAAGAAGAAGAAGAAGAAGAAGAAGAAGAAGAAGAAGAAGAAGAAGAAGAAGAAGAAGAAGAAGAAGAAGAAGAAGAAGAAGAAGAAGAAGAAGAAGAAGAAGAAGAAGAAGAAGAAGAAGAAGAAGCAAUGAUGAGGUAG